CAUCGUCACGGCAGAGCUGAGCAGAGCAGAGCGCGGAGCACACGCAGCCGCCGCAGCCGCCUGUGUGACGGCUUGAAGGCGGAUAAUAACUGUGGAUCACGGCGGAUUUCUUUGCGUCGCUGCCGAGCGGAGCGCGGGGACGCGGCGCUUGCGGGAGCGGACGGGACGUGUGCGCCGCUGCUGCUGGAGGGUGUUUCAGCGCGGCUGUAGCGGAUCAGAGCCGAAGUCGGACGACAGGGAGGCGGGCAGCGAGGAGUCCCACAGCCGCCGAGCAGACUCGGGUCUCGGGUCCUCUGCCCGAUGGGAGGCGUCUGAAUGUCGGAUGCGUCUCGCCGCACGUUCCGCUCGCCGCGUCGCCGCUCGGACCUUCGUCGGGUGAAGAUUAAAGACAAGUUGCUUUUGCGAACAUCUGCUUUUUGGGGCUUUGAACAACCAACUGUGGCUUUAAUGUGACGCACUACACCGACAUCUGCGCCGCGUCGGAGCGGAGCCCACUGCGGGCUCUCCUAAUCAAGUUUUGCCUCCGUGUUUUUCACGGAGCCGCCGCCGCAGCGCACGCGGAUGAAACAGUUUUCUUCUUGUCUCCAGUCGUAGAAGCAGAAGCCGUCAACGCUGGGCCGGGCUUGGCCCCACUAGCCCUCGGUCUGGUCUCACCAGUCCCGUCAGCGACACCUUCAAGAACGCAGAAGGCUUCCGUGACUGCACACGGCCCCAUCCGCCCCUGGACCGCGCUGGUCCCAUAGAUUUCCACUCCUUCCAUGUCGUGAUGGUCGCUCUCUGGAUUUUUUCAGCAGGAUGGAUUCAGGCGUGCGUUUGACAAGUUUCAGCUCAUUGCAGCAUUUGCAAUCCCCUUCCCUUGACUGCCUUUUGUCCCCCUUUCCCUCCCAAAUCUCUAAGAGAAAGCCCCUUGGUCUCUCCUGGGGCUUUGCUGAGCCCUGUAUGGAAAGGCCUUGUAGGAACUGUUGGUGGUCUUGUUGAAACCAGUUGACAUUGCAAAGAGGCAGAAGCAUUAAUACAUUCUAAGUGACAAACUACACCACACAGUCCUGAUUUACCCAUUCUCUUUGCUUUUUUUUCCUGGAGUUUGAUCAAAGGUUGGCGAGCUUUUAAUUUGAAUUACAACCUCUUAGGUUACUACAGUAAAGGCCUUAUUUAUAGGUAGAGAUUAUUUUCUUUUUGUGGCCUCACUUUUGGAAUAAUGUCUGGAAGCAGCAGAGAGGUGAAAUUCAUCGCCCCGCCCCAGCCACCCCCCUCCGCCUCCCUCUCUCCGUCUCCCCAGACCCCCCACAAGAACGUGAACAGUUCUGCCAGCUCAGACUCGCACCUGGGGGAGAAGCUCGGCGGACAACCCGAGGUCCAUCGCAGGCGCCACACGAUGGACAGGGACUCAAAAACGGCCGAGCACCGCUUCUUCCGCCGGAGCGUCAUCUGCGACUCCAACGCCACGGCCCUGGACCUGCCCAGCAAGGCCACUGUGAUACUCACCUCACCUCCAGACUGUGAAGGCGCGCCCACCUUCUUCACGCUGCUGCCCCCGCUCCCACGAUCUGGGGUUCGAGAUGCAGAAGGUGGGGACACACAGCAAGGGUCAUAUUUGCAAAGCUUGAACCUCCAGCCUUGUCUUGUCGGAGGAGGAGCUGUGGAGGGACGCCGUAAAUCUGACGAGGAAGGUGUGGGCAGUAUUAUGGUCCCUGUUCCCUCUAGGACCAGUGUUGAGCAUAGUGUAGAUGGGGCGGUAAAGGAGCCCUGCCUGACAGUAUUGGAUGUUAAUGAGAAAGCAGUGGACAAACAGCCUGGCGCGCCAUCGAGGCCCGAAGGCUCCGAGGUCUCCCAACACGUGGCCCAGGAUGCAAAAGUGCCAGAACAGCAAGAGGCCGGAGGUGUCAGUAGUCCGACGGAGGAGAAAGAGAGGGAGACGGAGGAGGACAAGGGUCUGGCGAAAGCGAGGGCGGAGCAGAGGGAGGCGGAGAAGCGCGUGCAGGAGGAUAUCGAGGAGGCGGAGACGAAAGCUGUUGGGACCUCGCCGGACGGGCGCUUCCUGAAGUUCGACAUCGAGAUCGGGAGAGGGUCCUUCAAGACGGUUUACAAAGGCCUGGAUACGGAGACCACUGUGGAGGUGGCGUGGUGCGAGCUGCAGGAUCGUAAACUGUCCAAGUCCGAGCGUCAGCGCUUCAAAGAGGAGGCCGGGAUGUUGAAGGGUCUCCAGCAUCCUAACAUUGUCCGUUUCUACGACUCCUGGGAGGGACCGUGCAAAGGAAAGAAAUGUAUUGUUCUGGUCACGGAGCUCAUGACAUCUGGCACGCUGAAAACCUACCUGAAGCGUUUCAAGGUGAUGAAGAUCAAGGUCCUGCGCUCGUGGUGCCGGCAGAUCCUCAAAGGCCUUCACUUCCUGCACACCAGGACGCCGCCCAUCAUCCACAGGGACCUGAAGUGCGACAACAUCUUCAUCACGGGACCCACGGGCUCGGUCAAGAUAGGCGACCUGGGGCUGGCCACGCUGAAGAGGGCCUCCUUCGCCAAAAGCGUCAUCGGUACUCCAGAGUUUAUGGCUCCGGAGAUGUAUGAGGAGAAGUACGAUGAAUCCGUGGACGUGUACGCCUUUGGGAUGUGCAUGCUUGAGAUGGCUACCUCAGAGUACCCCUACUCUGAAUGUCAGAAUGCUGCCCAGAUCUACAGACGAGUCACUAGUGGAGUCAAACCUGGCAGCUUCGACAAGGUGGCCAUUCCCGAGGUGAAGGAAAUUAUAGAGGGUUGCAUCAGGACAAACAAGGACGAGAGGUAUGCCAUCAAGACCCUGUUGAACCAUGCAUUCUUCCAGGAGGAGACAGGGGUCAGGGUUGAGCUGGCAGAGGAGGAUGAUGGGGAAAUGAUCGCCAUCAAACUGUGGCUCAGGAUAGAAGACGUGAAGAAACUUAAAGGCAAAUAUAAAGACAACGAAGCCAUUGAGUUUUCCUUUGACCUAAACAAGGAUUUUCCUGAAGAUGUGGCCCAGGAAAUGGUUGAGUCUGGCUAUGUUGCUGAGGCUGACCAUAAGACCAUGGCCAAGGCCAUCAAGGACCGCGUGUCGCUGAUCCAGAGGAAGAGAGAACAAAGGCAGCUGGUACGAGAGGAGCAGGAGAAGAGGAAGCAGGAGGCGGAACAGCAGCUGCAAAGGCAGCAGCAGCAGCAGCAAGAAGCACUCAAAGCCUCACAGACGGAGGUCGAGGAGACUGAAGUGGAUCAACAGCAGCUGCACUAUCAGCAGGCCGGCAUCUCGCACGCAUCUGAAGGAGGUGCCGACAGCGGGCAGGGCUCCUCGGUUCUCUCCGCAGACUCGCCGCACCUGGGUCAGCUGACCAUGUCCUACAGCUGCCCCUCCUCCACCCAGCAGCCCCCCUAUGCCCCCACCCCCUCCGCUGCCCCGCAGCAGCACCCAGGCUACGCCCAGCCGCCGCAGCCCAUGCCUGCGCCACGCUGCCGUCGGAGUCGUAGCAUGUCUAUUUGCGUCCCUCCCUCCUCCUACUCCUUUUCCCACCCUACACCCCUGGCUGUACCCCUAAGGCCGCCCUCCACCCCACCUCCAGACCUGUGUCCGUCUUCCCGCACCACUACCUCCCCCUGCAUGUCUCAGGCAGUUGAGAGGGACACCUUUGCUGGGCGCCUGUCCAAGGCCCUGGAGACAGUCCUUCCCAUUCACCCUGCCUCCUCUGUGCCCAGGGCCAGGCAGCGGAGGGCCAGUCUGCCUGCCCUGUUCUCCAUUCCUCAGCACUCAAUGCACCCCUACAGCGGAGGAGCAGGCGCCGGAGGGAACAUGCCCCCUCCAUCACUCCCCGACCCUCCUUCUAUUUUCUUCCCCUCCAUCCCCGAGAGGCCUAUUUCCUUUUCGCCUCCACCCGCUGGCCCCCCGAAGGCCUACAACACCCAGCGGCGCAAAAGCACAUCCAUUCUCGAGGCGCACACCCGACACUUCCAGCCUGCCUACACUCGCUAUGGAAGCGGUCUGCACCCCUUUUCUGGCAUGGAAGGCGUGGAGACGCCCUCUCUGUUCAUGGUAAAUCCUGGGUUUGCAGCAGCUGCUCAGAGACUCGGUGUUGGGGAGUCACUGCAUCUCCCAGGACAGUCGGACCCAAGUAUGUACGCUUACAAAGACAUGAGAGCAGAGCACGAGGAAGCGGUGAGGAGGUUAAGUCUAAAUCAAGCCGCCUUAUUGGACCACUUUGAAGCGAUGGCAUAUGGAGGCUACCCACUGACUGCACACCAGCUGGAUCACCUGCGCUACCACCAGCAGAGGCAAGCGGCAGCUGCUGCCAGUCUGGGUUUUGACCCUGGGCCGCCUCAACCAGCAUUCCUGCACCCACACCUAAUGCAGAGAAUGAGUGCACACAGCCCAGUCCCUCCGCCCUUACCUCCCAUUAGUGCGUCCACGGGCGGAUCCGUCUCGUCUGCCUCUUCAGAUGGAGGCUAUCCCCCACAACAGCAUGCCUCCGCUUCUCCCUUCCCCAUUUCUGCACCGCCUGUGAUGGCUGACACCCCAACGCCUACUGGAAGCGUCUUCGACUUCCACUUGGCUGCGGCUGCUGCCGCUGCUGCUGGCGACCCGGGCCUCCUUGCAUCCCGACUUUACCGGGCCCGACGCAGUUCAAUGGACCUCCCUCUGGAGGACAACCCUGCGAGUGGAUCGAGUGGUUCGGGAACAUACAGCCGCCUCCAGCCGGUGACAGAGGAGCUGUACUCUUACGUCAGUCCAGAGCUCCCCUUACCACCAGGAAGUCUCCUUCUUCACCACGCGGGCGCAAAGGACAGAAGCCCAGAACCUUCUAGUGACUCCUUGGCCUCCUCUGAUGCAGGAGAGUUCCAGUCGCCUCCUCCUCCUCCGCUCCUCCCACCCACCGACUCCUCGGCCGCCCAGUUCAUCCCCCAUUCAUCCUUGGCUGCUCUGUACGAUUUAUCGGGGGGAGCUCUUUCCAUAGACCCGCAGGGACAUCCACCCUCCAUGCAGAGCUUUCUCCCUCCCACUCCAUCCUCUGAGCUUCAAGUUGGGGGGGCAUCAUCAAAUCAACUGGAGUCACUGAUGCAGAGUGCGUGGGCCCGACAAGGAGGGGUGGUACCAGCGCAGCCUGAUAUGACAUAUCAUGAGUCAUUGCUGGCCAUGCAGGCUGCUAACUCCACUCUGGUUCAGACUACGACACCCCAGCCCCCACCUGUACCCCCGCUGGUCCCUGCCCCCUCCCAGCCAGCUCCUACACCAACGACCCACCAGGCCAUUCCAUCCAGUCAGAGCACCUCGGUCCAGAGCCCUGCACACGCAGCUCUGCCACAGGCGCCAGCACAGCCAAGUGUGGCUCCGUCGACCUCUGCCAUUUCCUUGGUGACCCUCCCCUCUGUUACCGUGCCGACAGCGGCCGUGGCUUCCCCACCUUCUCCUCUUCCACCCCCUGCCAGGGUGGUACCUGCUAUUGUUUCCCCUCCUCCUUCCGUUCCCACGCCUGUGCCUCAGCCUUUGGCCACUGUGGUGCCAAUCAUCAGUGUAGUCACCGCCCCGCCUGACACUCCCAUGGAAGCCCCUCCCCAGGUACUGGCUGUGGACGGUCAAACCCACCAGUCUGCUUCUCUCUCAGAGCUGUCCCUGGCCCAACUCCAGCCGCCCCAGGUUCUCUCAGCCAUCGAAAGCGGCCACUCUGAGACUUCAGGUAUGAGUGACGGCAACGAGGGAGGAGGAGGUCGUCAUGAGGGGCGCUCUAUCAAGCGUCACCAGAGACGUUCUGUACGAAGUCGAUCACGCAAUGAGAAGACCUCCAAGGCCAAGCUUCAUGUUCUCAAUAUCUCCAACAGAGGAGACAGAGUAGCUGAGUGUCAGCUGGAGACCCACAACAGGAAGAUGGUUACCUUCAGGUUUGACCUGGACGGGGACAACCCAGAGGAGAUCGCUCAGAUCAUGGUCCAGAGUGAGUUCAUCCUGGAAAGCGAGAGGGAGUCAUUCAUAGAGCAGGUCAGGGAGGUGAUAAUGAACGCUGAUGAGAAGGGCCUGGAGAGGGACCCACAUAGCCAGAUCUCAGGGGAUAAGGAGCAUCAUAUUCCAGCUAUAUCUGCUCCCAUGACAGACAUCCCUUCCAGUGCAACUGCACAGGUUGUCCAUUCAGCAGGUCGGAGGUUCAUCGUCAGUCCUGUACCAGAAUCAAGACUCAAGGAUUACAUGUUUCCCUCCUCUCCUUCUUCCCCUGCACCUCCUGCUGAAACAAGUAAAGCGCCAUCCCAGUCUCCAGUGGGCCUGUCCCAGUCUGCAGGACCAGUCAGUUUACAGCAAGCCUUCUCUGAGCUCAGACAGAACCAGUUUGAUCCAGGACCCAGCACCGCCCCAGCCUCCAUUCACUCCACUCAUCCUCUUCAUCUCACUGGCACAGCCACUCCAAUCGCUGACCCUGCUGUUGGAUUUGUCCUUUCUAAUCUAAACCAGACACACGAGCAGGUCUUGGAUCCUCUCGGCCCCCUUUCCACAACCUCACCUCCCUCCUCGCUUCCCACUAUCUGUCUCAGCCCUCCUUGCUCCUAUUCGCCACCACCUCCCCUGGUGAAUCAGUCCAUGCUUCCGUCACAGGUACCGUCACAAGCAGGAAUGCAGUCUGUGUCCCAAUCCCAGACACAGCCGCAAAUUCAGCCCCAGAUCUUUACCCUGCCCCAGGGUCAAUCUGUCUCUGCUGCCGUUGCUACUUCAGUAGCUCCCACUUUACCACCUUCAACCAUACCGAGCAUCCCUCCAACGAUGCUCCCCUCCCCUCCUCCUGCUCAGACCUUUCCCACCGUAUCCUCCCCUCCUUCCUCCACUCUUACAGCCAGCGAGGUCUCCUCUGAUCCUCAGUUAGUCACGUCUGUCUGUUCCCCCACAACCUCACUCUCCUCCUCUGUUAUCUCCACCACUGCCAUCCCCGGCCCCCAGCUCGCUCCCUCUGCUGCCUCCCAACCGACUCCCCCUCUGUCGUUCACAUCCCCUCUGGUGGUCCAGCCAGUGACCACCAACGUUCCUUCAGUCCAACCGACCUUGGUCCAUGCCCAGCCGCAGACAGCAACCCUGCCCGGACAGACACACACGCACUGUGCAGAAUGUGAUGCAAGGUGUGAGGGAGCUGGUGAUUCUCAAGGCAAACCGGACGACAUUCAAGCUCUAGAGAUGAAGCUACGGUCUCUGUUCAUGGACCCGGGUGCCGGGGUGCCCUCCACCCAGGGGGACAGUGCGGCUGCCGACCCCGUCUCUGGGGUCUCUGUGGCAGGGACCGCGUCCCCAAUGGGCCCUGGCUGCACCUCCACCACAUCUGUCACCACGCCUGGCCCCAGCCUGCCUGCCAAUCCUCUCCAGCCUCCCUCCAGUUUACCUCUGGGGUCUCCUGCUCCAAGCCAGAGCCCUGGGACACCCAUCUCCACCCCUGCACAGACAGUCAUUCCUGCCUCAUCCUUUGGUCAGACCACUCCAUCUAAGACCCCUUUAUCCAGGGUACCGGCCAGUACUCCUCCUUCAGAGCUCCUGCCAUCCUUCACUGGAUCUUCCCUAAUACAGUCCCAGCAGCCUCUCGAGGACCUGGAUGCUCAGCUGAGGAGGGCACUGAGCCCAGAGACUGUUCCUGUCAGCACACACGUACAGGCCUCCUACAGCAGCAUACCUUCAGUAGGACAGCCAAUUCCCUUCUCUCUGGAGGAAGAAGCAAUUUCUCUGUCAGCUCUUCCUGCGGGUGGAGUUAAAGUGGAAAGAUUUCAGGUUUCUCUGGCUCGUGAAGAGGCUGCUGUCCAGCGCCCAGCCUGCAGCGAAUCUUCCUCCACCUCCUCCUCUUCUUCGACAUCCUCGUCCUCCAGCCUCUCCAGCCCGGAAAACACACUGCACAAGCACUUGCCGUCUCCUCUGAGAGCGGAAGGACGACAAGGACGAGAUGUUGUUGACGGACUCCAAAAGAGGCCUCUGGAAGCGCCCCGGCAGCCCUCCCCUCGCACCUCCCCCUCCCCCUCUCCUAAACCCACCACCACCUCCAUCGGACGCUUCAAGGUCACCACCAACCCUGAGGCCCGUGUGGGUAGAUUCACUGUCAGCCGUGCCCAGGAGCACAGCGUGGAGGCCAGGCAGACUCCCCCACCUGUCGUCCAGGCUCCUAACGGGCCCAGUGGUCCGGGGCAGCUUUCAGUUCCAGAUUCUGCACACAAAGCCUCCCUGCCGAGCCUCAACAACAACUCCUUCAAUAACUCCUACUUCAGCAGUGACAACGAUUCUGAAUUUGAGGACGAGGACUUCAAACGGGAAGUGCAACGCCUCAGAGAAAAGCACAUGCGUGAAAUUCAGGACCUACACUCCCGCCAGAAGGAGGAGAUUGAAAGCCUUUUUACUAAACUAGGGAAGGUUCCUCCAGCAGCAGCGCUCCCCCCAGUUAUAGCCCUAACUGGCAGGAGGAGAAGGCCCACCAAAAGCAAGUCUUCCAAGUCGUCCAGAACCAGCUCCAUGCACGGCAGCAAGAGUCCGUUACAGCCAGGCAGCACUUUAUCGGCCCAGAGCGUGCCGACCGUGUACCCCGGCCAGCUGGCUCUGUUGGCCCCGGGGGGACUCGCCGAUUCGGGCAGCGGCACCGCGGUCCAGAGCGUCAAGCCCUCUCCCUCCAGCGACAACCUGUGCUCGGCGUUCACCAGCGAGGCGGCGCUGUCGGUGCCCAGCUUGUGCGCUCCCACUCCAGGCUGUGCAAAGUUCAGCUGGGGUUCGGAGCGUUUGGCCUUCAAGCCUGGCGGCAGGAGGACGCGCUUUCUGAGUACGCCCUGCUUGGCUCUUUGGAAGAUGGUGAAAAAAGUCUGCCCCUGCAACCAGCUCUGUAGGACUAACAGCACAAACGCAGUGGGCGGGUCGGGCGGGCUGAGUCAGAGCCAGGGAGGGUCUCAGUGCUUGGCCUCCAGCAUGUCGGUCCCUCACCAGAGGAAGGGCACCUUCACGGACGACCUUCAUAAGCUGGUGGACAACUGGGCCAGAGACGCCAUGAACCUCUCACAGGGGAAGAGGAGCGCCAAACAGCUGCCGCAGGCCCCGGCUCAGGGGCACAGCUACGAGGUCAUCCAGUCAGCCAGCCUGGGUAGGAAGUACUCCGCUCCCAGCCAGCUGUGUCCCAGCAGUAUUGGAGGCUCCGCCCACCUCCCCACGAACGCCACCACCGCUACCUCUCUGGCUGCGCGGAAGGGCUCCCUGUGCCACCCUCCUGCCUCCUCCACUCCGUCGCAGACCCAGCCGCCCCAGUUCAUCCAAUACACUCCUUCUGCUGCCUACAGUGCACAGUGGUCUGGCCCGGCUCAUGGCCUCUCCGCCGCCCAUCAAGCUCCAGCGCAGCCUGGGCCCCUACUGGUCAGCACCUCCCAACCCCUCGGCCCCUACCCUGCCCCGCAGGGACAGGCGCCUGGGCAGGGGCCGCUGCCGGCUUUCCAUCUGGCCAGUGCUCUUCACAAGUCCGUUAGCAACCCAGGAGGACCCAACCUGAGGACCACGUAGGGCAGGGUGAUGGGGCUGUUUUGAAUCGCAGCCCGACUGGACUGCUGCGGCCUAGGGUGUUCUGUGCUGGAUCCGCCUGAGAGGAGUUUGUUGUAAAAUGAUCGGUCCUAAGGGGUAGAAAAUAAAAUAAAGAAAAAAGAGGGGAGAACAAAUCAGAAGAAUAUUUAUGAAUGCAGUUUGGUCAUUUCCACCUUCCUCUGCUUCAUCCGCGUAUGAGAAGAGGUCCCAGGCAGAAAUGCAGCCACAUAAUCUCCCUGUCUGCUGGCUUUGACUCUGGGCAGAUACUCAAGGAUAAAGAAAGACUCACGAGUGCAAUGUUUAAAGGCCAAAGAGCUUCUAACAGGGUGUGGGAUGGGUGUUAGUAACGUAUGCGAGGUGUGUGGUAUGAGUAAAUUGAGUCUUUGUGACGAAGGCCGAAGGGAAUGAAUGUGGCGUAUGCACAGGUUCCGCAUUAACAUAAAAACAACUGACAUCAUGGAAUCAGCAAAGAUGAGAUGUGUAGAGCAUUUGAGUUUCAGGGAGUGGGGUUUUCUGUGAAAAGCACACAGGAUAUUAAGAACAAACCAAAACAGGGAGGCGAAGGCCUCCCGAGACAUGUGCCACCAGUGAAGUAGAAGUAGUAGCACCGAACGGCCAAAGCGCCUGCUCACCGUCACCACUCCACCUUCUUCCUCCACCGCCCUCUUCGCCCUGUUCUCAUCUGAAGCAAUAACAGCAGAGUCCUUUCAGAGGGAAGCGGAGCUCCAACGUGUAUGAAAAGUGGCCUUGUUAUCAGAUUAAUAUCACACCCUGUACAGUCUGUCUGUUGAUUUGUUUUUCUUCAGAAUGUGAUGAUUCCAUAUCUGUUUUGUUUUGUUUUGUUUUGGGUUUCGUCUCGUUGGGUUUGUUUUUACUUUGCUGCCCCCCAGCUGGCAGUCGCACACACACACACACACACACACACACACACACACACACACACACACACACACACACACACACACACUGUGGAGGCGCAGCAGCAGCAGCAGCAGCAGCUUCACCGAAACAGACUAAUGCCUCAGUUCUUGGGGUCAUCGUUAGGCUGAUCUCACCGGUGGGUUGAAACGAUCGCAAUGCACAUUAUCACCAUUAUUAUUGUUAUUAAUGAUUAUUGUUCUAUUUAAAAAAAACAAAAACAAAGAGGUGUUCUGUCAAUGGACCUGUUGUACACGCACAUCGACGUACGAUGUGGAAACACUGUGAUUACUGUUGCUUGUUGUUAGCAAAUGUUGUUGGACAACAUAGUUUUAGGAUGAAAUGUCACAAAUCAACGGAAGCGUGCGACGAGCAGUUCAGGGUCCUUUCACUUUCAAUUCAAUGCCUCCCAAGAAUGGAUUGUCAUCAUCUUUAUAAUAAGUACAUUGUUUACUAAGCAUUUAAAAAAUGCCUUACCAUCAAUAAUCAACUGCAGUUUCAGUUUAUCUUUAAACCGUUUGAGUUGAAAGUUGAAAGCGACCUCUUGCCCGACUAGAAAGACAAACGGCAGGAUAGUUGAUGUUUAGACAGUAAAGUAAUGCUAGCUAUUUUUUUCCUAACACAGUACUUAUGUAUCAGACACUUUAAAUAUCCCUUCCUCCUCUGGUUUUGUUAGAUGAAUGUGAAUGUAUAAACCAACGGUGUCCAUUUUAAUGUACUUGAAAACAAAGUCUGUCCUCUCCCUCGCUCUGACCCGUUUCCCUGGACUCCCCUUAGAGCCUCGGUGAACCCGGGGGCCAUCACUAGUGCCUUGCGUCCUUCCUGUUGCUUCUUUGUAGCGGCUUGAGUUAAAGAAAGCACACUUGGCGGCGCCAGAGCUCGGGUCUGGUGGCGCCGGGUCAGCGAAGCGGGCCCGCUGUUGUACUGGCUGUCAUCCAUGGCUUCUGCUGUGUGCACCAAAGCUGGAGCAUGUAUUUUAAUGCAAAAGAAAAAAAAUGGAUUGAAUCGACAGAGAAACAUUGGUUCAUGCUUAUUCUGCUGCCAUUUAAGCCCAUGAGAUUGACCAUGGAAGGCUUAAAGGUUUGAUGUCAGUGUUAGUUACACGGGAGGAAGCAGCCUUUUUUUGUUUUUGCAGGGUUUUAAAUAGCAGGUGUCAUAGGGGGGGGAGUUUAGUUUUAGGGAUGGAGUUAAUUGUGUUUGAAGCUUGGAGGCUCUGACCCGGGUGCAGCAAGGAAUUAGAGGAAUGAUUCAAAUCUCGCUUUUAGCAUUCAAAAGCUUAAUCAUGGAGGCUAAUGGUUGUAGCAGCCGUCUCAGCACCAGUCCACCCGUAUGAUGGUCUUUGUGCCGGUCCAGUAAAAUACUUGUAUCCCACCCUGUUAGAAACAAGUGUGUCUAAUAAUCCAACAGCACAAUGCUUCGCUUUUAGUUUGGGGACACCUUGCUGCUACAUGUUUCAUGUUCUCACCCAUUUCAGUUUUACCUCUGCUUUUUAAAGCUGCACCAUUGGGUUAAAGUCACCGUGGUGGUGAAAACGGCAGCGCUGGUGAAAUUAGACGGCUGGAGAGACGGAAGUGAUGAUGUUGAGCGAGUUACGGUGGUUUUAGAAUCAAGGCCUUUGACACCCUGCGUUUUUAAGCAAAAUAUUACAGGUACAAUGGUUGAACUUAAACAUGGAGUUUUUAUUUGAUUUUAUGUCCUUUGCUGGGAAUUGGGGUGAAUUCACACACAACUAUUAUACUUUACAUUGUAAUGUUUGUACAAAACAUUGCUUUGCCUGUGUUUUGGUGUUCUUUUCCGUUUCUCAUCAUUAGUAACACAUUUUUACUACUUGUGGCAAGUUUGUUUGAAGCUGUGAAUAAUCCUUGAGCCACUUUUGCUUUAGUUCUGGUUGAACGCAUUCUGGCGUAACAAAGCUGCCAACUUGGUGCCAUUUGACCUUCUGUCGGUGGAGAAGGAACAUCACAAGAGAGUUCUAAAGGCAAUUCUUGAUUACUCACCUGAUGUUACUCACUCCAUUGUUAUUUAGCAAGGCUCAAGAUUCCCACAAUAAACAUUUGCUGAUUAUAUUUUGCUGUGUUUGUACUAAAUGCAGUAAUUGGUAUGAACACAGUGUCUGAGUUACAGUCCGCUCAAGCCCUGAUCUUCCAGUUGGGGUGGAGCUGUACUGGCUCUUAUUCUUUAGUUUAAAUUUGUAAUUGAGGACUUUUACUGUGAAAGGCUGGGCUGUUUUCCAGCACAUGGGGACUCUAAUUGGGAAUUGUCCAUACAAGUGGAAAGGAUCAUUUUCUCAGUUUUUAGAUCAUUAGCAGUCGACUGAGUUUUCGCCUGUUUGUGACUCGCUCACCCUUUAUGCUUCUCACCGUAGAAGUGCCCACCUGUGAAAGCGCCACCGACAGAACGCACACAAGCAGAUAACUGCAUCUCUUUGUUGUUUUGUGUAGUCCGUUGGUUCUGGAGCACAGACGCAGUCUCUCUCUGAAAGCUUAUGUUUGUUUCCUCCAAUGUAACGUUUUCGUUUUUGAAUCCAGUCUAUGUGCAGUUCUCAUGUCUCCAGCAGCACCUGACCCAACUCAGUGGGUUCAUGUUUUACAUUGUGUUGAACGCUGUACAAAACUGGUCCGAAAAAUAAACACAUCGAUAAAUGAAUGAAAGAAAAACAAACGUGUAGGCAGUCAUUGGCAGCGUUCAAGGGGAUGUUUUGCACUAAGUAUAGAGUGUUCAAGCUUCAUAUUAAAAAAAACUUUGCGCUUUGCGCCACAAUACAUUGAAAUUUGUUACUUUAUUUGUAAAAACCUAAUAAAAGUUGUUUAAAUGAA